GUUUAAGGUUAUGAUUUAAUAUACAAAAUAAUAUAUGCCUGUUAUGUCAUAAUGAUAUUGAAACUCAAAGACACGUCGUCUAUGAUUGUAACUUGAUUUAUAUAUUUUGGCAGAAUUUACAUGAUUGGAUUUUAACAAAAAUAAGUGACCUUCAUUUAGCUCUAUCAAUAUUCAGUUAUUUCUAUUAAUAAAGACAAAAUAAUACCGUUUUUGUUUAAUAAUUUAAUUAUUUUAGGGACAUUAUUCAUACACAGCUGUCAUUAAAAAAAAACGUUUAGUUUUUCAGAAACGAUUUGAAUCUUUUAUGUUGGUCCCUUCAAAGACUAGAAUAUAAUAAAGCUUUGAAACUUUUAGAUAAUGUAUUAGUUUAUUCAAUCUAGUGCCUUUUUCUUUCUUAUUUAUUUAUACUUUUGGGUUAUUUUAAUACAUUACAAAUGUUUUAUUAUAUGUAUUUAUUUUUUAUAAUUAUUUUUUAUUCUUUUAUUGGCUGCUCAGACUUUAGUACUGUAUGUUGCUUUAAGAUUGUACUUAGCCCUUUGUUUUGUAAUUGUCAUUGUGAUAAGAAAUUUGAAUUUUUUCAUUAAAAAAAAUUAUAAAAUCUUGUCUGCCCUCUAGUGGUGAAUCGAGGGAAUAAAACUGGAAAGGGACGUAAUUCAUGAUGUGUCCACAAGAGGGCAUAAACUCCUCACUUUCGUCUUUAUUCCACCUGUUCACCACGAGCUCCUUUGGGCCCCCGGGGGUGUCUCCCGCAUCUCACGCUUAUAUACAUAGUUAAGGUGGUUUAAUCAUUUUGGAGAACGGGUGUUCGGGAUGGAGUGAGUCAUUGUUGGUGCAUCAAGAAGGUCUCAGAGGCUCUGGAGGCGGGUGGAGCAGACAUCUCUGGACUUCUCCACUCUGCGUCAAACCAACCGCCGGGAAGUGGAAGAAAAGCCCAGAAAAACUUGUUUGCAGCGUUGCGUUCUCCCCACUCAGAACAUGGCCGGAUCCCUGGAGAAAUUUUUCGCCAAGAAUAAAAGCGCCAUUGAGGCAGUGAUGGACAUGCUUGAGAAGGGAAAUGAGGUGCUGGCGAGCUCUGUGGGGGACAUCUUCCCCUUUUGUGAGGUCGUUUUUCCGGUUGUUCAACUGGCCUUGGACAAAGUUCAAAGCCCAGAGGUGAUCUAUGCUAAAGAGCAGUUCCUCACAUUGAAGGAUAAGAUGGAUCUUCUCUCCAGCCAGCAGGAAGAAAUCAACUGUGAGAUCAAGAAGGCAGGCCUUGACUCCGAUUUGUUCACAGUGGAAGAGAACAUUAGGAACCAAUUUCGGAAGUUUAUGGACUUCUUGGAGGCAAGGGAACAGUUCAGAGAAGUGAAAAAAAAGCUUUUUUUGGAUCACUUUUCUAAAAGUGGUGGAGAAAAGAACCUCUGGACUCUCUAUAUUGAGAUGGAAAAAAUUUUGGAUAUUGUAAAAAGUUACGUAGCGAGGAACCGCCGUCUCCUGGAGGAUUUCUGUGUUCGGCUGAAGGAGCUCCUCUGUUUGGGGCUGAUCGCUCUGAUGGGACACUGCGCUCUAACCGAACAGAGCCAAGAGGAGAAAAUCCAGGAGUGGAGUCUGAAGAUAAAAGACAUAGAAUAUCAAAUGAAGUCUGCCAUUGAGUCCUGUAUUGCUGCUUUCCCAGAGCAGGCUCAGUCAGACGUAGAGCGCCUGCUGCAGGAAAAGAAAGACGGAAAUCCUCAUCACGUGGUAGAGGGGCUUCUGGAGUUCUUGGUGAAGAAGUUUGACUGGGUCUGCUGGUCCGUGCGUCUCGUUAACCACCCUGAGGGCUUCUUCAAGAAGCACUGCACAGGGAAGCCCUUUCACCACGUGACGGGACAGACACGUUUUGAGGUCCUACGAGGGGACAACGUCCGCCUGGUGGUGUCGUACAGCACCAAUCCUCAGCCGGUGCCACGAGACGACAUCCAGCAGGCGAUGGAGGGUCUGGGCAAGAAGGGGAACCCUCUCGCAGUGGUGGAGAUGCUGGAGACGCAGCUGUGCGGCUUCUUCAUUCAUGUGGUCAGCUGUCAAUGCAAGCCUGAAUGUGUCUGGAGCUUUCCAGAAGAAUGUCACUACUGGGAGAAGCACAAGAACUGGGUUGUGUGUGUGCACUCCGAGUGAGACAAAUCACUUUCUGAAACAUGCAGGGAAAAAAAGUUUCAUGUGCUUGGUUGUGCUAACAAAGGAAGUCUAAAAAUCCCAGGAUGCGUCUAAACUCAAACAUUUAAAGUUUUCCAGAAAACCACACAUAACUAAAUAGGAGCAAAGACUCCAUAAGGGUGGAAUAAAAAGUCUCAAUCUCGAUUGCAUGCCCAGACGGGAAAAAAAAGUCAUGCAUCUUUGAUAAUGUUUAGGAGGCCGGGACAAAUGUGGAGGGUUCAGCUGUGAAUUCUGAACCGUUUUAAACCCAAACCUUUUUUUAUUCACCAGAGAAUAUUAAUGUUUAAACUCAAACGUUUGCUCAGUGAAGAAGCUCAUUUACAACAUGAUGCUGCGUAAGAUCAGUUAGGUGGGGAUCGUCGUUACCAUGGUUACCACCAUGCAGCAUCUCUUUUUUUCCCUUAAACAGUCUGAGGAAAAGGUUUUGGUGAGACGCCAUUUUCUUCUGAUACAGAUUUCUAGCUGCUGCAGAGCUGGUGAUCAUCUCUGGAGUGUUUAUCCUCCAACAAUGUUCUGUAGGUGAAAGAUGGAGACUCCAGGCACACCACCAUACCGCCAGAGUCUAUUAAUAGCUGCAGCGCAGAAUGCCUGCUAUGAAACAGACCUGAGCAGAUGUUACUUUAACCCUGUGAAGACCAGACAUAGAAGAAAUUUAAUUUUUUUGGGAGUCAAGGUGUUCUUUUAUAAUCCUUUGAUAAAAUCCACUAGAAAAAUGUCAAUGUUUUUAUUUUUUAUGUGUUUUGUUUUAAUUGAGAGAGAUAAUAAUAAUAUAGACAUGGGAGUUCUGGAAAAAUUCCCUUAUUUAGCCACCAUCUCAAAAUUGAUCCACACAUUGUGAACAGUGCAAACAUAUUUUAAAGAAUUAAUUAUCAAUAUUUUGUAUUAUUUAGUCAUUUAAGUGUGAAUAAAAAUAGACGAUUUAUUCUCAACAAUAAGUUACGAAAAUUAGCUAAACUUUUCCUGCAAGAAGUGCCUUUUUUUAAGAAAGUCAUGGAAUCAACCAUUUUUUUGAUGAGCAGGAAAACUCCUUCUACUGCCUCUAGUGGAAUGAUGAAGAACUGCAGGGCAGAAGAUUUGGAUCAAAUGAUAUCCAACAGGAAAGUUAAGGAAAGUUUAGAUCAAACUAGUAAGAUAGAGGUCUUAAAAAUGCAUGCAUCAAAAAAUGGAGCGAAUGGUUAUUGUUUCAUCAAUAUAUGUAAGCUUGUCUUCAUGAAUUAUUAACCCACAUUUUAUCAAAGAUGUCAUUUUUAAACUGAGAACCAAUUGGAAGGUCUCACUCCUCUGCAGGCUGGAGAGGAGAUCAAGAUCCAAGUUUGAUCACGUUUAUUGAUCAUUUCCAUUUCCUGUCUGGAUGACUGGAAACACCAGACACUGUUUAGAGCCAGAGAUCAUACAAAGUGAGUUAAGAUGCUGCUUUUACCUUCUCCUUUAAUAAAGCAGCACAGUGGGGGUGUGGGGGUGAGUGUGGGGGGUGUUCUGCUUAGGAAGGAAUUUACCUGAGUCAUCUGUUGAAAGGGAAUAAAAGCAUUUGUCAAACACAAAUGUAACCUAAAUUCUCUAAAUACCUGAAAACGUUUUAUCCAAUCUCGUUUUCCUCAUAUAAUCAACAUAAUCAAUCAACAUAAUCAACAAAUGGCUGCGUUAUUAGAUAAAUGAAAGUUAAUUAACAAAAUAAACAUUUAACAAAUAGCAAUUGUCUUUUACUAAUGACUGCAUGUCACCAUUUAACUGGUUUAGACAUUAUCCACUAACUCAAGUAUUAAAACGUUUUCCUGAUGUGUCAGGAGAAGAUUCUGGACUUCCUGCCUCAAAAAGAAGGUUCUGCUGAGGCGACACCUGAAGAUCUGUGAAAAAUGUCUCAAUGAGUCCAAACCUUCGUAUUUGUAGACUGUAAUGUACGAUCUACAACUGUGCAUUAAUGUAACAAGAAUAAAAUGAAUACUGCCGUGUUA